CGGUCGCACUGCUUGCUUGUGUUUUUAUUUUGUUUUCGUUUUAGAUUAACAUUUGAAAAUUUUAAAAAUUAAAGUGGUAACUAAUGCAACCAUUUAUUGUUAUACGGAGCUAUAGGGAAGAUGACGAACUCAAGUGCCAGGAGCUGGUGCGGGAUUACAUCAUGUCAUUUUCUUCAAAGUCUUUUUUUACCCUCUGUUUUCGUGAGAUUACACUGCAAUUUAUAGUCAUCACAUGGGCCAUAUUCUUCAUAUUUCUGGGCGUGCCGCUGCUUUUCUGCGUGCUGACCAUACCCGGCUGUGUGUUUUUUCUCUUCACCAGCACCUACUUCUCUUUUUAUGCCAAGGCAGUGGAGCUUAUGAGGGUAAAGCCCUCACAAUCUCUGGUGGCCGAGUGUUAUGAGCCAUUCAUAUUCCGCUGUGCACCAAACGAGGCCAGCUACCAGAUUUUUAUGGAUAAGCCGCCAUACGAUGAAAGCUUUUUGAACAAGUUUCGUCGCCGCAUAGUGGCCACCAUAAGUGUUAAGAAUCAUCAUGCCGUCUACAAUGCAGCCUGGAUAUAUCGUUUUGCAAUUGCCAAGCACUAUCCGCAUCAAAAGAUCAUGGAUCCCAUGAUAAAUCUAGUCUCGAAAAACUGCAUCAACGGCGGCUACGCCUCGCUGGAAUGCACCAUAUCCGAGUGGCAAGAAAGCGAACGUGACUUCUACGACGAUCUAGGCUUUGUGACACGACAAAUCUACCACAAGCAAAUCAUUGGCAGCACACUGACAGUGAUGAAGACCCAGUUGACAUAUAAUUUAAAGACAGACGACGCGCUGCAAAAGCAAAACUAGUGGAACUCUAAAGAACAAAUCUCCAUAUAGAGAAUCUCUCGGGAAAACAAAACUGUGACACUUAGCACAAUUAUUUAUGUAUUGUAUAAACAUUCCACUCACGAGAAUCUAUUUAUUUUGUAUAAAAA